AAAUCGAUGCUUCCGAGCUAUCGAAAGCAUUCCCAUCAUUGCAAUAUCAAGCAAACCCAUCAGCCACAGACAUCAAACAACUUAUAUUCAAGUUAUCAUCAAUUCCACUUAUACCCAACAUUCAACCCACGACUCAAACCAUUCCUACAACUACUCCAACAUCCAAAAUGGCACCCUCAAAGGACCAGCUCAUGGAGACCGCCGCCCAGGCCCAGCUCGACAUGAACACAUACCAAUCCAAAACGGGCGCCGCCCGCCCCCAGGGCAACGACGACGCAGGCGUCUCCAACAUCCAGACGGAAAACCGGUUCCCCGGCGCCAAGGUGACUGUACAAGGCGACCCGAUCAACAACGUCUCCUACAAGCCCGAGCAGCCGCCCAAGAACCCUGCCGACAACGACGACGACGUCGUUCCUGCCAAGAAGAUUUCUUCGCUUGGCACGCAGGAUCAGAAGGAUGAUAUCCUGCUGCAAGGGGAGGGCGCGGUGAGGAAUAAUGUGGGCGCGAAGGCGCCUGGCGUUGGUGGGGAGAAGUUUAGGGGGUCGGAUUACUAUGUUCCUGAGAGUGUGCCGGAUAGCAUCUCUGCGGAGGGGAACAUCGCGCCUGAGAGUGUGGUGCAGGCUUCUGCUGAGGCGGAGAACCCUCGGUAAAGGGUGAGGAUUUUGGAGUUGAAUUUGGACUUUUUCUUGGUUAUGGAUUCUGGAAGGAUAGCGAUAUCAGGCAUUGUAUGGUUGUUAUGAUCUUGAUGUACAACAGUAAUGAAGCUGCCAGAAGGCUGUAAACCAAACGCAUUUCUCCGCAAUGAAAGUUUGACAAGAAUAAGUGAUGCGGUGAUGUUACUCGGGAGGAAGCAAGACAUAGAUAGGAGCAAAAGCGUCAAUUGGGCAAGAUGUAUCGGACUUAAUUUCCUGGUUUCCAUCGCGUCGAGAUUAGACAUCCGAAGACUUGUCACUAUUGCACUCAGAUGGACAUCAGGAAGGCUAGUAGUGCAUAUAAGGGUUAACCAUAACGUGUACAGCAGCAUAUGAAGGCAA